GUAGUGCAAGACAAGAGUGCUGUACCACAAUGACCAGAAGACUGACUGCUUUGUUUCUUCUUAGUACAGUGUCCCUGAUUCUAACUGAAGAGGUCCCUCAACAGAUCUCUUUGACUGUGCUUGAACUUGGUGAUAAUUUUACUCUGACGUGUACAUUCGUGCAAAAUGAAGCCGGGAUUUUUUACUGGUAUAAGCUGAAGCCUGGAUAUAUGGUUCAAACAGUUGCAGCAGGAACUUUUAACACAGUAACACUUACAGGACAAUUCGUCAACUCAAGAUUCACAAUCACAAACGUGAACUCUGAGUAUAUUCUUAACAUCAGAAAUGUCAGCAAAGACGAUGAAGCAACAUACUUCUGUCAAGCAGGAUCAGCAUACAAGAUGGGAUUUGUUAAUGGCACACUUUUGGCUGUAAAUGAUCAUAAAAAUCUGCAGAAAUCUUUCUACGUGAAACAAAUUCCAGACACUGAGUCGGUCCAGCCGGGCGACUCAGUGACUCUCCAGUGUUCACUUAUCUCCAAAAACAAAGAAAACACAGAUCAGUGUCCAGGUAAACAGAAUGUGUACUGGUUCAGAUCUGGAUCUGGAGAAUCUCAUCCCGGCAUCAUUUACGCUCACAGUGAUGAAGAAGAGGAAAGAAGUUGUGACUACAGUCUGUCCAAAACUAUACAGAGCUCCUCUGAUACUGGGACUUACUACUGUGCUGUGGUCACAUGUGGAGAGAUCCUGUUUGGUGAAGGAACCAAAGUGGAAACAAGUACAAAAAUGGGACCCAGUUAUCAUCAUCCUCGGGAUCCUGCUGGUUCUCUGCCUGAUUGUGAUUGUCAUCCUUAUUUUCUCAAGAAACUGAAGGAUGGCGAAGCAGACGCAUUGAGCUAUUCGACCACUGGAUUUCUCUACAAUGAAAAGCAAGAAGACGAAGAAAAAAAGAGACAACAGUUGCAACGAUAAGCACGUCUUCUGUUUGGGUGAAAUCCACUGAAAAGGAAUUCAGCUCUUUGUUAUAAGAAAGCCAUCUCAACAUGUAAUGGAAAAGUGUUACAGAAGCAUGCUCCAGCCUUAACUUGUGUUUGCUAAUGUGCUUUGAUGAAAUAAUAAUAGAUAUAUCUGUUGAUGCUUGGAAGACAGAGUGCUUCAUGAAUCAUUGUUCAAAGUUUAAAUAAAAAAAAGGAUAA